AUCACAGAACUAGGCUCCUCCUCCUCGAAACUUUGUCACGGCUGUGGGAACUCCCUGCUGCUCCAUGUAUCACGAUUAGGUGAGCGGAGCAGGCGUGCGCCGUGAGAGAGGCAGCGAGCAGGAGGUAGAGAGGACACAAGAGAGGAGCUAACGGAGCAGAUACUGACCGGCUAGAGUUACAGGGAUGCCAUUUUAGCCACACUCCACCACUGCUUUCAGACUUGAUCAGCGCGAAAACGGGGACAUUUUCGCCAUUUCAAACAACCCCUGGUGGAUUAAUUUAUUCGCACAAAAAAAUGGGAUUGGUACGGUCUUGCGUAAAGGCGCCGAGGAUGGUGGCCAUUCUCUCCCAAUCCCUCCUUUGUAUCAUCGGUUUGUCACUGACUCUUUCUCAGCCUGCCUGCGAGGCGUUUAACUUGGACGUGGAGAAUCCAGCUGUUUACAGCGGACCACAGGGGAGCUACUUCGGAUAUGCUGUUGACUUUUAUUUGGCCGAUUCUACCAGUGCAAGCGUGGUGAUAGGAGCUCCCAAGGCCAACACAAGUCAGGUCAAUGUUAAAGAGGGAGGCUCUGUAUUUUACUGUCCAUGGAGCCUUAGCCAAUCAGACUGUCACAGCAUUGAAUUUGAUACUGAAGGGGAUCGCACUGUUUCACUCAAUGACACGGAACAUCAGGUUGAUUUCAAGUCCCACCAAUGGUUCGGAGCCACCGUGCGUUCCCACGGUGACACAAUUCUGGCUUGUGCCCCUCUUUAUUCUUGGCGAACUGAGAAAGACACUGCCCAUUCUGAUGCUACCGGAACCUGCUACCUCUCAGUCCAUAAUUUCACCAAAUUUGUGGAGUAUGCUCCCUGCCGCACAGAGAUCAGUGAUGUGGGGGGACAAGGGUACUGUCAGGGAGGAUUCAGCGCUGACUUCACAACGGACGGCAAAGUGGUGCUGGGAGGACCAGGCAGCUACUUUUGGCAAGGUCAGGUGAUCUCCGCAGCUAAAGAAGACAUUAUUAAAGCAUACUACCCAGGCUACUUUAUGCAGUCUGUGGAGGGCCAGAUCCAGACCAAGCAGGUCCAGACAGAACACGAUGACAGCUACCAAGGCUACUCGGUUGCUGUUGGAGAAUUUAGUGGUGAUCAGUUUGAAGAUUUUGUGGCUGGUGUUCCAAAAGGCCUCAUGCUUUAUGGUUCGGUGUCCAUACUGAAUGGUACAGAUCUGAAGACCAUGAUUAACUACACUGGCGAGCAGAUGGGGUCAUAUUUUGGCUAUGCAGUGGCAACGACUGAUAUCAACAAUGACGGGAUGGUUGACCUGCUGGUGGGAGCUCCCUUGUUCAUGGUCAGGGGCUCUGAUGGCCGCUUGGAAGAGAUGGGCCGAAUUUAUGUUUACUUACAGCGCAGCCCCCUCAACCUGGAGCUGCAUCUACCUCACAUCACUGGCAACCAGGCAUUUGGGAGAUUCGGCAGCACUAUUGCACCACUGGGAGAUCUGAACCAGGAUGGUUUCAAUGACGUGGCUAUUAGCGGUCCAUUUGGAGGGGAUGAUCGGCAGGGACUAGUCUACAUCUAUAAUGGGUACUUGGACGGACUCAGGGAAAAGCCAUCUCAGGUGAUCGUUGGCCAGUGGGCUGCUGGGACUAUUCCUGCCAGCUUUGGAUUCUCCCUCCGCGGUGCAAAGGAUCUGGAUGUGAAUGGAUACCCAGAUCUCAUUGUUGGUGCUUUUGGGGUUGAUAAAGCAGUUCUUUAUAGAUCCCGCCCAAUUGUAAACGCCAGUGCCUCUCUGACAGUUUACCCCAUCAUGAUCAAUCCUGAGGAGAAGAACUGCUUGCUCACCAGUGGAAACACCACCAUUCCUGUUUCCUGUGUCAACCUGAGUUUCUGCUUAUCUGCGGAUGGGAAACAACUACCAGACAUUCUAGAUUUUCAGGUGGAGGUGCAGCUUGAUAGUCACAAGCAUAAGCAGAAGGGUGCAGUGAAGAGGGCUCUGUUCUUGGAUUCCCUGCAGCCAUUGCUUCAGAGGAGUUUGAGGGUUCGCCGUGGCGAGCGGGUGUGCAACCACACAAAGAUUUACCUUAAGGACGAUAAGGAUUUCAGAGAUAAACUUUCCUCCAUUUAUGUGGCCUUGAACUUCAGCUUGGAUCCAAAAGCUGCAGCUGACUCCCACGGCCUGCGGCCCAUUCUCAACUAUCAGACCACCGACAUAAUUGAGCAAAAGGCCCAGAUUCUGUUGGACUGCGGAGAGGACAAUAUCUGUGUUCCUGAUUUGAAGCUGGCAGUUCACGGGGACAGAAAGGAAGUCUACCUGGGCGACGACAACUCACUGACCUUGACAUUUAAUGCCAAGAAUGAGGGUGAAGGAGGGGCGUACGAAGCAGAACUGUAUGUGGUGCUGCCCCCUGAAGCUGACUAUAGCGGGAUUGCUCGCAAUAAUGAGAGCCUGACGCAGCUGACCUGCAGCUACGAGACCGAGAACCAGACCCGAUACCUCAGCUGUGAUUUAGGAAACCCCAUGAAGUCCGGCACCACUCUGUGGGCAGGUCUGCGCUUCACCGUGCCACGGCUGAAAGACACGCACAAAACGGUUCAGUUUGAGCUGCAGAUUCGCAGCAAAAAUGAGAAUAACUCCCACAGUGAGGUUGUGCCCUACAAGCUGGAGGUGGUUGUCCAGGCUGACGUCAUCCUGCAAGGUGUGUCUCGGCCAGAUAAAGUGUUCUUCCCACCGGCCAACUGGAAGUUGACCAAAAACUAUGGGGUGGAGCAGGAUGUCGGGCCUGCAGUGGAACACAUCUAUGAGCUGCUGAAUAACGGGCCCAGUCGGAUCAGCCACACCCUGCUUGAGCUGCGUUGCCCCCUCAGUGUCCAGGGUCUCACUCUCCUCUACCCUCUGGAGUUCUCCACAGAAGGACCCAUCAACUGCACCACAGACAAGAACAUGAACCACCUACACCUCAAACUCCAGCACACAUCCACGGAACCACCUAUUCUGGCGCUGAAGGCCAACGAGCACCACAUAGAGAGGCGGGAUGCCCACAGGAAUCAGCUCGCUGAUUUGACCAACCUGUCAUGCUCAAAUGUGGAGUGCUGGUCGCUGCAGUGCAAAGUUGGUCUUCUGGAGAGAGGGACCACAGCGAUCCUCAAAGUGCGCUCUCGCAUCUGGGCUGAGACCUUCAUCGAGAGGGCCUAUAAGCAUUAUGUGCUGGAGUGCCUGGCCAGAUAUAGUGUGAAGAAGAUGCCUUAUGCCAUCCUACCAAAAUACUCACCCAGUGGACACAAAAAGGUGGUGACCCCAGUGGUGUGGAACAAACCAGACAUUGAGAACUCGGUUCCUCUGUGGAUCAUCAUCUUGGCCAUUCUGGCUGGAUUACUGCUUCUGGCGUUACUAAUUUAUGUACUAUACAAGUUUGGCUUCUUUAAGCGAUCUCUACCUUACGGCACUGCCAUGGAGAAAGCGCAUCUAAAACCACAGGCUGCCUCUGAGGCGUAAAUGAACAGCAGAGUAUUCAGAACCAAAGUACCUGGCCGUAUGAUUGGUAUCGAAGAAACACAAUGGAACAUGUAGAGUGGAUCAGAGAGCAUUUGAAGGGAAAGAGAGAGACCACUGGAACUCCACUGUGCUGCACUAGAAGAACACAAAAAAGAAUCCAAAGAUCUUCAAGCCAAAUGAAUGUUUUUCUUUUCUUUAUUUAUGUUUGUUGGCAGGUCAGGAAUGUUACCAAAUAAGACAUUUGUCAGGGCCGAGAGGCUAACAUUAGACUUAACAUUUGGAUUCCUGUGAUGAAAUUCAGUAACACCUGUUAAAAUGUUGGUGCUAAUGGUCUGAUGUGUUCACUGUCUCUGAGAUGUAGCACGUGGCAGCCUGGAGCUGUGAAUCACACUGCCUGCUGAGGCCUAAUAGUGCUCCCCUGAUAUGUCCAGAACAUGUACACAUGUUUUUAUUGGUAGAAGAUCACUCAUCAGGUUUCUAAGUCACCAAACAGGUAACCUAAUCUGGCCAAUAGCUCCAGUAGUUUGUAGUAUCUAAUUCCUGACCUAUCUGAGGUGUUCCCCCGACCGAUUCUUGCCCAUUACUGGGCUCCAGCAGCCUGCAACCCUGACCAGGAGAAGCGGGUAUUAAAAUGCUUGGAUGGGUGUUUCUCAGCUGUGCAUGAAAAUGAUCUCUCUCUGCCUCAGGAUGGUGGACAGCGCUGGUUGAGUUCUUUUUUUUUUGCACUCAAAGGAAAUCUACUGAUAUAUUUCCGAAGACAGCAGAGACUCACUGAUUGAUGUUCCUUUGAGUUCUGAUUUUGACUCCUACUGAUCACUUUUGUUUAAGGAAAAUCUUGUUUGUUGUAGUUCAGAGUUACCAAUGCUUUGUAGUCGAACUGGGAUGGGGACUGGAACCACCAAAGACUUGUGGAACCUCACAUUAAGCUCGAAGCAGUACGGUGCUUCUGGCAGCACAAAAAGGCAAUGUUCUGAUGCAGAAUAUUUUUUGCUUUUUGUCUUUACUCCUACUCAGUUUGGGUUGAGCUUAUACGACCAUGGAAGCAAUGUACAAGCAAAUGACCAGAUGGUAGUGUAAUAACGUCCCGCUCCAAAGACAAUCAGCUGUGUUGUAGCUUUGACAGAUCAUGGCAGGAUCACCACUCUGUGGGUGUGUACAAUCCAUUUUCUUACAGUCUGUGUUUAACUGUGAGACACUGUAGUUUUCGAUUGCCUGCAAAUGUUUUGAAAGAGAAGUGUCUCAAGUCAUCCCACUACCAAAAGGCUACAGGGACUGAACUUUUUUUUUUUUGUAUUUGUCAUGUACAUAGAUUUUAUGUGCCUUAAAUGUAAAUAUGAAAUGUCUGAGUUGGAAUUAAGAGUUGCGUGUGAUUUCAUGUGCACAUGCAUUUGUGUGAAUGGUGUAUUUAUGAAUGUUUGUUUUGUGUAUGGAUUGAUUACAUUUCCCACAGCCUUGUCCUGUUUAUCCCUUUACCACCUUGUAGCUUGUGAUCAUUAAAAUUAAGCCAUUCUCCAUCACUGUUAAUCAUGAAACCACAAAUAAAGUCACUAUUCUGGGUGACUUGUUUAAUGGCAAAUCAUGGAUUAAAAAUUAACCUCAGUGGAAAUGAUACACAAAGUCACUAUAGGGCUACCGUCCAGAUGUUAGCAUCCUACUGGAUGUCUUGUACCUCUCAUAAAGGGAUAACGGCUUGGUGCUGGGAACUCAAUGUUGUUUGGAAGUGCAAUAUUUAUAUUUACUCUUUUAAAUAUUACAGUGCUUUCUUUUGUGUUACGUUUAAUUUGUGAUGGACUGUGUGGGAAAACCAGACAUGUUUGUGUUAAAAUACUAUGUGAUAAGCACAUAGAAUGAAUCAUUUGUGAGGUUGUGGUUUUUCACUCUCACUUGCUUUCUCACUAAAAAUAUUUGUGAAAAAGUGUGAAACUGUUUCCCCCCCCCCCACACACUUCAGAUGUAUGCACCACUUGCUGGACCACUUUCCUGACUUUGUUAAUUUUUUUUUUAAAUACCACAGACUGACACAGAAACACAACCACCAGAACAUGUCCGAGUUGAACUCGGGAAUGUUGACAUACUGUAGUUUGAAGAUUUAUGUGCUCUGCUGUUGCAUCUGUCUAAACGCCACCAUUAACCUCAACAUGUGUUUGGCCAUUUCACGCUUUUAAUAAUGACCCUCUCAUUGGACGGUGAUUUAAUAUUUGUUAAAUGAACCAUGAAAUCUCCAUUUGAUAAUUGAUUGAUAUCCUUUAACAUUGUCUACAUGGACAUUCUUGUCUGAACAGGUGGACACAUAUUAUUUAUGAUCAUUUUACCACUUCCUCCAUUGUUACAACAGGAGAAGGCACUGUUUUGUUUUUUUUUUUGUUUCCAUGUUUUUCUCGUCUAAGCCCAUUUUCUCUCUCCAGGACUUUCAAAAAGAAGUUGUACAUAUUUAUCACAAAGAGAGAGAUUGAUUCAAAUGAUGACUAAUUUGUUGUGAUUUUUUCUCACCCCAUAUUGGGGGGGAACUUUUUUGUUGGAAGCAGGGGAAAAGGUAUUUGGAGGUCUGUUUUUACUUGUCGGUUUGUACUUAAAUAAAAUUUAAAAAAAAAUCCCUUUU